CGACCUUGUGCCGCGCACGGUCCUUUUUAAAUUUCGUCUUGACUGUGCGACAUUGGUGCGGUGUGCCGACCGGUGUGUGAUCGUUAUUUUCUCCUCACCGCCGCGCGCCGUCCCCCCCGUCGUUACUCGUUGGUGGGGCGCGACGCGAAAGAGGUGACGGACCGACGGAGAGCGUAGCGAAAAAAAAAAUAAAAUAACCGUUCAAAAACUUAUCGCCGUCCGGUGCAUACGCACCUCGUCGCGCAGACACCGUGUACAGUCGUAUUAAUUUCCGUGCGCGUAUUAAAUAGAAAAAAAUUCAUAAAAAAAAAGAAGUCGGUUAAUUUUCCUCAUUUUUUUACCUUCUGUAUUCGCCUCUGGAUUCUUCGACGUUUGCGUCGUAAUCGGGCUACGUUCGCGACCCAGGGGCUGGUAGGCACCGGCUCAGACAACGUGGUAUGGAUCAUCGGCCGGCCUUUGUCGAACCGUUGUCGUUGACGCUGCCGCCGCCGCCGCCGCCGCCGCCGUCGAUCGCGUAUGUCGGCGGUCGCCGACGCCACCGCUUCUGCUGCUGCUUAUCAGCUGCCGCUGUGUUGUAGUAACGGUUUUGCGUACACACAGAUACGGAUGCACGGAGGUACCGCUCGCGUGACGUCUCCGCGCUCGGCCACCGAUUUUUGUUAUUUUCGUACACCGUCCGUAUUUCAUUAUUAGUUAUUAUUAUAAUAAUAAUACACGGUUACGAUUCUCAACACUGUACGUGUAACUGUACAAUAUUAUAAUACCGGUUUUCAAAACCUAAACGCAAUUCAAUCGGCUCUUUUUCCCGAACCGUGUUAAUAAUUAUUGCAAAUACCGUUCAGGGAUCGCACCGCACACAAUAAUAUACCUGUCGAGUUUACUUGCAAAUACCUAGGUACAUACAAUUUGCGUUUCGGUUAGGUAGUGAUUUUGUUUUGCCCUGUUCGUUGUUCACCACUGGCGCCGUCGUUUUUACCGCGACGACGUCGUUUCGACGGUAUACCUAUUUUCCUGUAUGCCGAUCAGCCCGUACCGUCCGGAAAAGCUAACGGACCGCGUCGCCAACAUGCAAGUGGAGGACGCGUAUUUCGAGGGCAUCAACUUAAAACUGGCCAUGGACAUCAAAAUCAAACGUACCGACGGUGAGUGGAUAUACCUACUUACUACUACACGUCUUCGCACUUAAGUAGAAAUAAUCGUACUCGUGUUUAGUAUGUAAUGUACCCGCGGACGUGGACGCAUAGGUAUUAAAAUUAAAAAAAAAAACAUGCUAGUUAUUGGUUGGUUUUGAUAAUUCGAGAACUGUAUCGGUAUCCACUGUGCACCAUUGUCGUUAAAAGUUAUGGUUAUUUCGUCAUUCUAGGCUGUUGUAUGUCCCAUAUGCUGGCCAUGUACGGGUAUGUUUUGGACUGUUAAAUGUGUGUUCGGCCAAAACUCCACUGAUUAUGAAUGUGUACAAUUGCAAUUCAUUGAUAAUUUUUUCAUCCCUUUAAUAGUUGUAUUACAGUAUUACUUUGGAGCAUUGAAAUAUUCAUAGAAGGAACCAAUUUGUGAAAUUUUGUUGUUGAUUAGGUGUAUUGAUACUCUAGUUGAUACCUAGGUACCUUCAUACAUUAAAAAUUGUUUUAUCUAAAAAAAAUUGUCCACUUUGAUAUUUUUGUUGAAAUUAUUUGCUUAAUUUCAAAUUUAUCCUAAAAUCAAAUUGUUAAGCACAGACAGUACCAAUUUAUACCAGAAGAUAAAUCACUAUGUAAAUAGAACAAAUGAACCAAUAUUUGGUAACCGGGAAAAUCUUUGGUAAUCAUUGAGAAAAUUAUGAUAUUCUGGAAUCUGGUAUAUACGAUAUUUAUCAGUGAUUUACCUGCCCUAAUUUUAUGAGACUAUAAUCAGAACUAGGUAAAAUUAAUAAUCAUAAUUUGGCAAAUCUUGCUUAAUCUUUUACUAGUUAUAAGAAUUUACUCAUUUAUGUUGACUAUUGAUAAAGUAUCUAAUUUUAUAAGUAGGUAUAUAUACUGUAUAUAUCUACUAUAUCUACUCAUUCGUUAGGCUUAUUGAUAAACAUUGUUUAACUUGACAUAAUUGAAAUGUACCUACCCAUGUUAUUUGGAGGAUGACAUUUUGUAGUGGCGUUUAGCCAAUUUAAAUGUUUGCUAAAAAUUCUAAUGUAUUCUUGUAGAUGGAUAAUGUUAAACUAAAAAUCAAUAUGUAGAACUCUACCUCGGAAUUUUACCAGGAAUUUUAUUAUUGAAACAAAUUUAGAUUAGAUUUGUGAAAUUUGUUGAGAGUAUAUUUGAUUUUUAACUUGACAAAAAUACUGAAAAAAUAGAUAGGUAUCUAGGUACUUUAUACGUUUAAUUUGUAUUAUGUUGGUCUUAAUUUAUUGUAGGUAUUUGUGAUUAGUGUUUCUAACCAAAUUAAAUCUGUAUAAAUUAAACAAUGUACUAUAUGUACAUAGUAACUAUUAUGUUAUUGGACCUUAAUGUAGUGGUAUUCAACAGAAUAUUUAAUAUAUUUAUGUAAUAAUAUAAAUGUAUUGCAAUGAUAAUAAUCAUACAUACUAUUUUAAGAUAUUAGUUAAUAAUAUUGCAGUAAUUCUAAAAAGCAAAGCUUGUGCUGGGGGAUCAUCUCUUAUACAAAUAAAAUAUCAAACAGUAUUAGAAACAAAAUUAGAAUAAACCAAUAGAGGAAAACAAUAUAGGUACUAAUUAUAACUAUCAACAAAAUAACAAAGAAGUACUUUUCAUCAACAACAAAACUAAUACCAAUGUAGUGUAUUAUGUAUAUAUAUAUAAUAAAAACCGAGAUAAAACAAAAUUAAGUUCUUACAAAAGGAAAUAAAUAAACAAUAAAUCAUAUUUUUAUUAUUACUUAUAUAAUUCAAAUUUAGGGGAAAAAGAUGAUUAUUGCAAAUUAAUACAAAAGGUUAAAUACCUACCUAAAUAAUUUUAAAAUACUAAUGAUUAGCGAAUAAAAUAUUAAUAAUAACAAAAUUAUUAGAUAUACAUCUAUAUAUAGGGAAUAAGGAAAAGAGCAUUAGAGGCGAGUAUUGAAGAAAAAAAAAAAUACAAAAAUUGAUUAAUGAUUGUAGGAAAUCACUAUUGAUGUGAAUUGAGGGGGUGUGUGAGUAUGUUGUGUUCGAUUGUAUUGGACUUAAACCUGUGGUUGGCAAAAUUAUAAAAAACAAGAGCGUACAGGAGUGUAGCUAUACAGAACAUAUUGGAUGCCAUUUGUGCUUGAUUGAUCAGAGGAAUUUCCUUUGGAUUCAUCAUAUUUUUCUAAUUUAUUAUUUUAGAUUUCUAAUGUUCAUAAUAAUAUUGUACAAUUUUAAAAUUACAUUUUUGAAAAAUUCACUUACUGUUAGAUAUACAGGAGAUAUUUAGUUUGUGAUUGAAUAAUUUAUCUACAAUAAUGUAUGUAAUAAAUAAAAAAAUUUAUUUAUGUUUUUGUCUUAUACCUACUUUGCAUUAUUAUUUUUUAAACUAUUUACCUAUGUAUUAAUUUACAAUGGGGCUAUUUUUGCCAUUGUCAUGAUACAGGUACUUUAUUAUUCUUAAAAAAAAAAAUAUACCUACCACAUUGUAUCUUGCACCUCUACCCUCAUAAAGGCAUAAUUUUUUUAAAUUUUGUGGUACAUUAAUAUAAGUAUUAUGAAAUGUUAUUUUUAAACUUUAUAAAUUUACAUAACAGAAUUUGAAUGUGAUUUUAGAAGUAAAACACCUAAAUGACUAAGUAUGUUACAUGCACUGUAGGUAUUUAAGCUAAUGACAAUGACAUUAAAAUUGUUUAUAAAAAUUUGACUGUCGAAACAUAAAACACAGUAACUAAUAUUUUACAAAUUGUACAGUAGAGCCAUUUUAGUAAUUUGUCCAACACAGGUUAGGGGUUAUUGCAAUUUCUAUGAUUAAUUCCAAAGGUAAUACAAAUAUUUUGACCAAAAGUGUGUAAUAUCAUAAAAUUUGUUCAAUUUAAUUCUAAUAAAAAUUAAUAUUAAUACAUGAAAAAUUAUAAAAAUGUUGGUUGGUAACUAUGUAUUAUGAUUUUAUUGUUGAAUACAAUACCUACUCGCCGGAUGCCUGUUCAUCCAAAAAAUAUAGAAAACCAGCUGCCCACCAACUAAACUGCACAAGCAAUUAGCUCUAUUUUCUAAUUUUGAAUGAAUAACCAUAAUGAUAUAAUGUAUUAUGUUUAUUAGAUAUGUAUUAAAACCAUUAUUUCAUAUUCUUUUUGAAUAAUUUGUUUUAUUUCGUUCUACUGUAUUUUAUAAUAUUUUUUACUGGUUUAUGUGAAAAAUUAUACAAAUUGCUGUGCUUUUCUUAUUGAAAUAUACAGGUGUUCCGCUCUAAAGAAAACUAAUUAUGUAUCUUCACAUUGUCUUACUUUAUUGCACCUUUAUAUUUUUAAUUAUAUUGCCAGUAUAUAUUUACAAAAAUCCAAUUCUAAGAUGUCCUCAUAAUGUUUUUUUAAAAUGCCAACUAGGAGUUAGUUUUUUUUUUGUAAUUGAGGAUAAUACCAAUAUAGUAUAACUGUGUAGUGUGGAUAUAUAAAUUAAAACAUUUUAUAGAGUCAGUGGAUGUAACCAUUUAAAGUCAACUACCAUAAGUGGGGGUAUUUAGAGUAUAUGUAUACAUAUGUUCUUAACAGUUAUCAUAUUAUCUAAUAUCUAUGUAUGAGACAGUAUUUUUAAUUUUUUAAUUUCUUUAAUUCUGAAAAUUUGAAUUAUUCACUAUUUAUCCAGUAUUUAGUACCUACUUAAUCUAAAUACGUUAUUUUUGCUGUUUUUUAUAAUGGUAGUUAAAUUUUUUUCCUGCAAUUCAUUCUAUAACACUAAUUGUGUGCAUAUUUAUUUUAUUUUUAUAUACUCUUAUAAUUUUUCGACUUGUCCUGUAUGUUUAAUAAAAUAAUUCCACUUGGUAACAAUUCCAAAAGUAUCGUAAGUAAUUAAUAAACAAAAAUACAUACAAAUAGUUGAUAAUAACUUUACUAUACAUACAUUAUGAUAAAUGGUUACUUUCAUGUCAUUUAGAAAAUAAAACCUUUUGAUAGAUGAAUAGAUUCAUCAUUAUUUUUGCAAUAUCCUUUCAAGCUAAGUGGAAGCUCAUUUUUGUUUUGAAGUACCCCAUAAACAUAUAUUUACCUAAUGUGCUGGGAAUCGCCCCAAUUUGUUAGUUUAUACAGUUUUCACUGUGUUUAGCAGUUGUAUGGAAAAAUUUAAGUUAAUUCAAAUUUGAUAUAAGUUUUCCAUUCAUAAUUGCAUUAUGGAUAAAAUGUUUUCACAUUUCUUUUUGAACAAUAAACAGAAUCAUCUGAGAGAGUAAAAUAAAACAAUAAUUUUACGGAAAUCACGUAAUUCUCAUAUACAUUAUUGUUGGCAGUUGAUACAAAAAAUUUAACGAAUUACGAAAAUUAUAGUAAAUCGGUUUUGACACCAGUCAACCAAAUGUAAAUUUCUUAUCACAUAGUUUCCACUUUUUUUUUUUACAAAAUAAUCAAAACCUGUACAUGUAGGUACAAUUAUGCAUUUAUCUACCUAAGAUAGCUACAUUUUUAAUUUAUGAAGUCAGGAAUACUAGUUUUAAGAACAAUUACCAAAUGAUUCGUCUUUAGUAGGAAAUUCCCAACCUUAAUAAAUAUUCGAGUAAGUAUUGAACUUGUGUGAUAAUUGUACUUAUUUAACAAAGAACUAAAAACAGUUUUCUUCCUCUUUGUCUUCACCUCACUCAAGUAUAUACAACUACUCACAAAGCUACUCUCAGUAAGAAUAUGAGUAUAUUUUUAAAAAUAUCAAAAUUAAUACAGAACAACUAGGUAAACCACAAUAUUUGUUUGUAAGCUAUUGGUUAUAAUUGCCAUCUAAUUCAAUUAUUAAAUAUUAAUUAUAACUUAAAUUACUAUUGAUUAAAAUGAUAGUACACCUAGUAUGUUACUAAACGUUAAUUAUUUAUUUUUAUGGUUAAGUGCUUAAUACAAUUUAAAAAUAAAAUUAUUUACUAAUAAAUUAUAUUUUUUGUUAUAUAAACUGUGUUAAAAAUAAAGUCAUUUUUUUUUUGUAAUUUAAAAUAUGUAUAUAUUUUCUUUAUAUUGUUAGAUAUUAAACUUUAAUUAAAUUUAUGUACAAUUUUAAUUGUAUUAUAUAUUUACUUUUCCUCGUAUAAUUUAGGAGGAUAAUACUUUUUAUCCUUAAAUAAUUGGAUUAAAAAACAUAAAGUAUUUUAAAAUUGUUUUGUGCUAGUAGGUUUUUUCUAUGUAUAUAUAUAAUAAUAAUAAUUAGAGAAAAAAAUGAUUCUGUGGAGUAUUUUUUUUUUUUAAUUAUUUGGUACCUAAGUUAGUAAAAACAAUUGAUAUAGGUAUAUUAUGUUCAAUAUUGUGAAUAAAUAUAUUGCAUUUUCCUUCACUUUUUUUUUUUAUGCUUAUACCAAUAAUUUUAAAAAGUAUUAAUUUAAUAAUUUUAAAAUUUGUUUUAUUGAUUACUACCUAUAUUUAAUUUGUGUAAGUUGGUUAUUUAUACAUUUUUUUUGUUUUUUAUAUUCAUGAUAAUUUUUACUACCUACCCUUCUAGGUAGGUAUGUAUUGUUACGGAAAUAUUUUCUGAAAUAAUGGGUAGGUAAAUGUAUGUAUUUUGUGUUUUGGGUGGGUGACAAGACAACAGUUGUUUGACCUUCAGUAAUAUCUUCUGUAGGCGGCCUGGCAGUCACAAGACCAUAUAAGGAGGUCCAGAAAAUGCAGACUCUAACGUAAGGGCCACUGUGUACUGUAGUAGGUCUCGACUCUUUUGUUUCAAUAAUAUCAAUGUUUAAAAAAAAUUAAUAUUGUUAAAAUGCUACAGGUAGUACUCACUUGUCCAGUAUAAGAUUAAUAAAAUUAUUCUGAAAGUUUUUUUUUUUAAACUACCUAGAUUAUAUAUAAUUUGUAAUUAUUUAAGUUGAAAGAUAUGCAAAACAAAUAUUAUGCAAUUGUUUAUUUCUGUGUACUAAUAAUAAUAUUUUGUUUAUAUAAAUAUAUAUUUUAAUUAUAACUUGGUAAUAUUAUGGUUAUGAACUAUUCAGAAACAAUAUUGUUUUGUAGGUAUGCGAUUUUGUAGUUAUCUAUUGUUUAUACAAAUACAAAAAAGUUUAUUGAUUAAUACAGAGUAAUACCUAUUAUACUUAAAAUUACCUCAUAUGUAUAUAGGUCCAAAAAAAUGUUAGCCAAACAUAAUUAGUUUUUAUAAAUUUGUUUUUUAUCUUUUAAAAUUGGUUAUUUUUUAAAUAUACUAAAAUACAUGUUAGAUAUUUAUUAAAAUUUAAAACUACUACCUACCUAAUCGUGUAAAAACAUGAAACUUCCUACACAUUAUGAAUGAAAAUGAAUAAUUUCAAUUGAUAACCGUUGAAAGCAAUUAAUAACUUUUUGGUUUGACCAUAUUUAUACAAUUAAAAUAAAAUAGAUACUUAAUACAUUUUUAAAUUUAUGUAAUUCUUUUGAAUAUUAUACCAGGUAUUAUAAUUAAAAUUCAAUGGAAUCAAAGAACCAUUUCUAUACCUACCUAAAAACAUAACUAAAUAUUUUAACAUAUUAUAACUAGUAUUUUACUUAAAUUUUUUAUAUUGUAUAAGUAUAAACAUAUAUUAUUGGUAAAAAAUGUAUAUGGUUUUUCAUGUUAUCUAAUUUCUCAAAAUUAUUUAAUUGGAUAAAACAUACUUUUCUGCAUGUCUACUUGUAUAAUUAUUUUCAAUGAAUAUGUUAAAAUUAUUUAAAAAGGAGCAAAAAACUUUGUAAAUAUUAGAAGAAAAAAAAACACAACAUGCAAAAGUAUUAAUUUAUUAUUAUAAUUGGAAUUAUAGUAGACACAAUGGUUCAUUAGUAGGUAUUUAUAUUAUCUUAAAUAGAGUUGAUGUAGUAUGUAGAAGAAGAUACAAGAGAAUAUUCAGUUAAAAAAUAUAAAAAUAAUCAUUAGGUUUAUUAUGAUUGACAGUUUAUAAUUAUUUAAAAAAUUAUUUGUUAAACAUUAUUUUAUUUGUUUAAUAUAAUACUAAUAGUAGGUAGUUAAAUUUCCUUUUAAACAACAAUGGAAUUAUAACUUAACUGUCAUGUCAUAGUAUGUUCAAAUAAGUUGAUGUGUGUGAGUGUAUUUAAGAAAUACAUUUUUAUUGCAAAUAAUUUACAAUUAAUAUGAAUAUGAUACAACAGAGUUCAUCAAUUUUAACAUGUACAUAUACUAUAAAAUAUAUAAGUAAAGUAUUAAGUAUUAGUUCGUUUUAGAAGAAUAUUAAAAAGUAAUUAAUCAUAAUAUGGGCAUCUUUGAGAACAUAAAUAAUUCAUUUCAAAAAAAAAUACUUGUAUUUUAAGGUUUCAUCAAUCAAUAUACGUUCUUAUACAUUUUGUAUAGACUUAUUAUAAUGUAAUAUAUAGGUACCAUUAUUCUAGUUAUACAUAUGGAUACUUAGUUUUAGUUAUUUUCCUAAUGAAGAUUUACUAUAGUAAUUGUACAAGAUUAUGUGUUUAUUAGGUAGGUACAUUAUUUUAUUUUAAUACAGGGUGAUCAAUUUAUCACGAACAUCAAUUUUCUGGGAAGGUUUAAAGUGAAUUUGAUUUCUGAUUUUUUUUUUUUUUGCAAUCAUGGAAUGGUAUAGAGAACACUAUUUUAGUUUUUUAAAUUUAUCACUCAUACCUUGAAUGAGUUUUCAUAAUACGUAUAAUUUUAAAAUAGGGACAACCCCAUAAUUAAACGCAGUGUUUUGUAUAGAAAAUAUUUUUCUAAAAGUUUGUUUGUACAUAUUAUCGAUAUUUUUAGAAAAAAAAAUUAUGUGGGAUCUUAUUUUAAAUUUGUAUACUCAUUUCAGGUAGAUAUAAAGAGUUAGAGUAAACAAUUUAAAAUUGUAUUCAAUUCUCCGAUUGAAUCUAUGGUUCAGGAUCACUCUGUAUAGCUAGUGUUUUUUUUUUCAUUCUAUUCAUUAAAAUAUGUAUGUAUUUUUACUGAUCGGUUUUUGUUGAAUGAGUUAGUUGUGCCAGUGUUCACUGACUUCACUUGUUAGUAUGUAACAAAGAGAUUAAAUAAGUGCCCUUAUGUGUAACAACUUCUGAUUAAAGAUUUCGUAUUCUAAUAUUUUCUUAAAUAGGGUUAUUCCCAGAGUUUUUUUUUUUCGUCGUGACAAUUUUAUAUUUAAAAUCCAUAUUCUGUUAUUAUUAACGCAGUUGUUAUCAUUGAACUUAUAAAAUAUUAUCAGAAAUUCUAUUAUUAGUUGUGUUUUCCCUCGUUAUUUUACGUUGUUUAGUAGUGUGGAACAGUAUAGAGUCUAAACGAGUAACGCAGCACUGUUCCAAUCGCUCAGCUAUUAUUUAUAUUCAGUUUAGUUACUAUCAACGAAAUGAUAGUGCAUAAUAAAGCAUGUCUGUGGUUGUAGACUUUGUAAACAUUAACGUUUUUUGUUAAAAUGAUUUGUGUCCAAACUGUAUUCAUUUCAGUAUAAUCAUACACUUAUUGAAACCACUACUAUUAGUAAACCGUUAUUCAUGUUUAUCACAGUUCAACAUAAUUUUACUAUGUAAAAGUGAUGUAAGGUCAAGAACUCCUAGGAGAAAUAUGCUCGGAGAAAACUGACGAAAAAUAAAAGGUAACCGAUAGUUUUAUUAUUAUUACUGUCUACAGAGAGAAAUUUAACAUUUUAAACAAAAUAAAGGAUUAUUUUUUUUAAUCUAACCUUUAACUUUUUUUUCACGUAUACACGGGCAUUAUUAUUUAUAUCUGACCGUAAUUUCGUUUAUCACCAUAUAGAUACGGAUAAAUAACACACGUGCGGUAUACAAAAGUGAAAUUAUUGAACUUUUCGUUUUUUAAACUUCGGUUCAAUGGAAAUUAAUUUUUUAUUACGCCGUGACAAGUUCAAGGGUACACGAGUUCAAUAGUAUUAUUAUAUUUUUGUAUGAUAAACAUUUAUUAUAUCGUUGAAAAAACAUUAUCACAAUUAUUACGGUAUUAUAUCGUUUUGCGUAAAUUAAAAUUGUAGGUUUAUAUCAAAUACGAUUGUUGUUAAAAAGGCGUGAAAUGAAAGUUUUUAAAAAUCCGGAUCUGCUUCGUUUGAAAUAACGAACCAGCCUGUUAAUUUUUUUUAAACUCUUAUCGUCCGCAAAUAAUACUCUCAUAUUAUAUUGUGUAAUAAUUGCAUACAUGCGGGCUUUCUUCUUUAUACACGAUGUUUAAUUCGGAUCCGUAUACCGGUAGGUAUGAUUGUAAUCCACGUGCGUGUUGUCACAGGUGCAUUUAGAUCUCUAUAAAAGAACAUGCACAACCAACAUUGAACAAAUCAAGAAAUCCUUGAAGGGUUCUGAAUUCUUUCCAAAUAAGGUUGUAGGUCAUGGUAGUAUUGUAUUAACAUCAUCUUUGCAAACUGCAGUAGCGUAUUACACUUGAGAAGUAUCCUAUGAUUUUAAAAAUAAUAUAUAUAUAUCUAUGUAUAAUAUUUUUUUCGUUCGCUUAAAAUAAUCCUAAUAUUAUACUCGUAGAGGUAUCUAAAUCCAAUAACUUCGGUAUACGAAUAUAUUACACGUUUAUCGGUUAUCACCAGGGCUCGGGACUUUAUACCGUUAAAAUCCAUGAAAAAAGGUUGAAAAUGCACUUGAAACAAAAGUGGUAGUAUGUUUUUAAAAGCCCCCUCCCUCUAAUGGCACUAACUUGUGCAAUACAAUUUUCGAACACUACACUAAUUAUUAACACAAGUUUUUAAAUAAAAUUGUAAGUAUUAUAAAAUAAUGAAAAUUACACUUGUUAGAUAAAUGCAAUUAAUGGUCGGGGGGUGAACAUUUUAAACUCCUCUGGGCUCUGUUAUUUUUUGCUUUAUAGAAUAUAAUUUUCAGAGCCCUUUUGACGUUUUGAAACUGUUUUCUGUGGAUUUCAAGUGCAUAAAGUACCGAGCCCUAGUUAUCACUAAACCAUAAACGCGAUGAAUUAAUUAUAAUUUUCGAAAAAAUGGUCAUUAAUAGGUUGGUAAACAAAUUAUUUCACAAACGCCUAUAUAAUAUACAUGGGAUAUUGGUUACCAUUGGGUUUGACGAACGUAAAAACGCAGCAGCUGUUGCAACUUGUUAAUUAAUUUUAUGUAUAUUCUGUAUACAUAUAGUGUACGGCUUGGAUGGAAAAAAAAAAUAGUGCCAAUGCUGAUCGAUUUGGAGUUUAUUUUUAACGUGUGUUAGCAUGGCCUCCAGACGUUAUUCAUCCUAAUAUUGUGCGCUAUUACUACGGGGUGGGGGCUGCUUUGUGCCUGGUACGAUUCGCGAAUCGUACUUUACGGACAACUCCGCCAGUAUUGUACGUACCCAAUGGAAUCAUUGGGCGAAUCGGUCAAUUGAAAGUUUCGCACGUUCAUUAAAAAAUAAAUUUGUCGUGUAUGAUUAAUAAAAAAAAAAAAAAAAAAAAACGGUGACAGUUUGUAUUUAAUAAAUCCGUCCUAUCCGUCAGUCAGUUGUACUUGUGAACCGAUCGCGAAAAGAGUUAACCGCAUAGUACCUAUAUAAUAUUAUUAUAGUACCUAUUCUACAUUAAAACCGUAUUGUUUUUGCGCACCUCUCUGGCGUUGUGUUGGGCGGUCGGGUACCCGAGUUUUGUUUUCGCGUGAAAUCAUGUCGUGGAUCAAGAAGAGCCUAUCGUGUUUUCGAUGUGACAACGAUAACAGAUGCGAGUGUGGUAAAAAAAACGAUUGUAAAUCCGAGGUAUCCGACAAAAAUAUCCAAUGCAAUUUUGACGAAGAGUUCGACGAUAGUGAUAAGGGUCAGUACUUGUCAUAUAUACCUACCCUAAACACGAUUUUUGUUGCGCACAAUCGGCUAGAUUUUUAUUUUAUUUUUUUUUUUUUCAAAAUUUGUCGUAUAAACCAUUCUAGUAUCCGGUUAUUUCGUAUUUUUUAAAUUAUGAUGCUGUAAAUAUUGUGUUGUGGGGUGACGAUGUCGGUACUGCCUCCCAGUCAUGGAAUAAAUAUUGUUGUUUUGCACUUCUUUCAUAUCGUUUAUAAUAAGAAAAUAAUUUGUAUCAGUUUUCCAGGAGUAGGAGCAUUGUUUGGAACCCGAAUAAAAAAAAAAAAAAAAAACAAAUUAUAUAUUAGAGAUAAUUUUCUAUGAACAUUUUGAUUGUAGUGCUGGUUUAUUAAUUUAUUGUUAUUGAAAAUUUAGACGGGUUGAGCGAGGGGAAGUGUUACCUAUUUAAAAAUAGAAUUGGUUUAUAUUCGUUGUAUUUACGACGAUCUGUAUAAUAUUUUUGAUAGUAGUACAGAUAACGUGGAAUAAUUUUGUAUUGGGUAAUUUUUUAUUAUCUAACUUGUUCCAUUGAAUGAAAAGCAAUUUUGUCUGUUUAUUGUCGUGUCGACAUAUUUUUAAAAACGUUACACAAUUACAUCCGAAUAAUCAGGCCAUCCUUAGGAUUUGAAAGGCCCAGGUCGAAAUUUUUAAAUAUUUCCAUAUUUUAUUUUGUUUUAAUUCGUAUUUCCUUUUGAACGCUAGGCCCCAAAUCUAAGUAAAAAGCGCGAGCAUUCCCCCCUCCCUUCACUCUCUAAUGACGACUCCGCGAAUAAUAAUUGUCGUGUUUACACAGAGGAAACCAUACUGAUUAUUAAUUUAGCGCGUAUAAUGCGAAAUGAUCGCAUUCUGUGAUGAAGGCGUGUCAUUAUAUUAUUAUUAUGACGAAUCUUGUCGUUUAAAGGCGUGUCGUGUAAAGGGUGCCUAAUAUACCGAAGUCAUUGCACACGGAUCGUUUAUUAAUCGCGAGGCAAGGAGUUUUUUUUUUUUUUUUAAAUCGUUAAUUCCGUAAAUUAUUAUCAUCGGCUUUUCCUAAUUACUUUAUUUAGCUGCGUAAAAACCAAAGUCAUUUGAAUUGGUUUAGUUUUUUAAUAAUUUGUGAAUGCGUACACGCGGCCUAGUUUCUUAGGGUACGGUUAUCAUUAUGUAAUUGUGUUACAGUAACGACGAUUUUCUUACGAGUUUCGCCCGGACGAUAAUCCGAUUGCUUAUCGUGAACUUAUGUAAAAAUACCGUAAAAAUGCUUGAUUCAAUGCCUACUGUCAUUGAUUUAAUCAAUCGCUAUAGUUUUGUAAAAUUAUGAUCCGUACCAUAUUAUAAAUAAUAACACGCGACACGUGCAUCAGUUAUUAACGCUUAUAAUUUAAUCGAAACAUUAUUGAUACUAGUACGGAAUUACUUUACUUAACCAUUUAAACUAUUAGCGACACAUUUUUAUGCAAGACGUAUUAUAACGGCCAAUUGAAUGUAUUUGGUUUUCGUAUCUUUCGGUUCGCCACCGACCAUGCCGGUGUAUUGGAUUUUAAUUAUUAAUUCGGUAUAUAAUAAGGACUAUGAACAUUUGAAAGUUUCGAUAACAUUGAUAAGUACCCAAGUAUCUAAUACGAAUUCAACUAAGUACAAACAUAUAACUAUAAUUUUUCAUUUAAAAAAAAUAAUAAUAAUAAUAAUCGGGAAAUGAUAUUAUUAUUUUUAUUUGAUUUGUAUUUACGAAAUACAAUUUUAAAAAAGAGAAAAUAAAAAUUAAAAAAAAAAAAUCACUUUUUGUAUACUAUGUAUCUUCCAUGUCAAAUUUUCAAUAAAUUCGAUAGUAAUCUAUGUUGUAAAGUUUUUCGAUCAUUUUUCCCUGUACAAACGCGAUUAUAGGUCAGAAUCCGAAGUAUAAUUAUUUUAUAAUUUUUAACGUACGAUUGUAAAGUCCAGAUUUCAAAAUAAACGCACGCGUUAAAUAGUUAAGGUUUGUAUAUUUUUUUAGGAAGAAUAAAAGUAUUUUAAUUUUCUAAAACAUUAAAAAAUAAUUGGGUAUUAAAUAGGAGGUAUUCACUGCCUAUAAUAAUAUAUGUUUUUGGUUGUAACGAGGUCAUACUCAUGUGUUGUGGUCAUUUUAUCAUGUUUAUGAUGAUCUAAAUCCGUUACCAUAGUUUCCGUAGGUAUAAUAGUUUAUAAGUGGGUUGUAGGCCCUUUCCUUUAAUAUUAUACAAAUUGUACAUGUAUAAGGGUUUAGGCCCUGCCUGCCAGCUUGUUGUUUCCUGUUUAUAAAUAUGUUCCUAUGGGCAACCCUGUGCAACAUAUUGUAUUAGAACCAUAUAAAAAAAAAUGUCAAGUUCAUUGCCAUUGUGGUAAUGAAAUUAUAAUUCACUUUCGGAAUUUCUUUUAAAAAGUUUAUGAAGUAAAUAUAGGUUUAAUUUAAACGAAUUGUAAGGAUUAUUAUUCUAAUACUAAAAUGUAUUAAAUAACUUAAAUUCAAUACAAAUAAGUUUAAAAUUAUAUAAAAAUAAAGACAGAUGAUAUAUAUUAUGUACUGAUAUUUUUUUUUAGAUGGAUUUAAAUAUUUGAUCACAGUGAGUUUUCAAUAAGUCAAAGUGAAUUUUUACAUUCAUUUUAACAAAUAUUUGUUUAUUAUUGCGUUUUUAAUUAUAUAUAAUAUCAAAGUCUCAAUAAUCACGCCAUUUAUUAUUAACUGCUGUUUUAUGCAUGUACUUAGUUUCAAUCAAUUUUUCUUAUAUAUUAAUAAUUGAUGUAAGAAAUAAUUUUAGAUUUUUUUUAAAUUAAAUUUUCAAUUAUUUUCAGGUCGUAUUCACAAAGCAGUUGUAUCUAGAAUGAACACUGAUACUAGAAGUAUUUCAGUUGAGUGGUUAGAAAAUGGCGAAACAAAAGGCAAAGAGGUAGUUAACAAUUUUUUUGAAAGUAACGGCAUAUAUCUUUGGGGGAAAAUAAAAAUUUUUUUGUUUUUGGUUUUUUACAGAUUGAUUUAGAUGGAAUCUUAGAACUAAAUCCUCAACUACGUUCAAAUAUUCCCACUAUUACUAAUUUGGUUGCUCAAAAUGGUACUAAUAUACCUACUACUAGCAAAUUAGCAAGGGUAAAUAUACCUAACUUUUUAUUCAUUAUGAAAGUGAUUCACAUUUGUUAAUGUGGAUCUUAGAAAUCAAACUGAAUUUGUCAUGAUUAUUUUAAUUUUUCAAUUUAUUUAGCUACUAGUUUGCUACUAUGAUAGCUCGAUAAUUACAAUAUUUUAAGUUUUAUACUUUGAUUUAUUAAUGUAAUUUUUAUUUAAAAUUAUUUAAUUUAUUUUUUCGUAUUUAAAUCAAAUUAUUAGAUAUUAUUAGAUAUUUCCUCAAAUUGUAAAAUAAUUUCUUGAGAAUUUGAUUUGUUUUGUAAGUUAAACAGUUUCCAUAUGGCAAUUUAAUAUCAUAACAUAGUUUAACUAUUUAAUGUUAAAAAAUAGUAACAAAUUAACUAUUUGUUUUAUUUUUAUGAAAUUUGAAUACUUAAUUAUUUUUUUUUAUACAUUUGUUAUAAUAUAUAAUUAAUGAAUGGUAAUAAUCCAAUAAUGUUUAUUUUUAGUAUUCCACAAAAGCUUCAAUACAAGCAUUUACAAAUAAUAAAGGCAAGUAUUUAUUUUAUUUGUUUAAUUUAGACAUUUGUAUACCCUGUCCAACUUAAAAUUAUACCCGUUAGCACAUACCUGACUGAGCACUGAAUGUUGCCGGACCUACUUGAUCGAUCUGAAACAAUUAUUAUUGAUCAAACAUCGUCGCCAUACAAUUCUGUACACUAGGCACUAUCAUCGUGGCUACUACCGUCGUGUAUACAGAGAGUUAUAAUUUCUAUCGCCAAAUAAAUUGUAAUAUAAGCACAUACCUAUACUGUUUCAGUCAAAUUAAUGGGCAACAUAGAAAAAUCACAUCAUUUAAAACAUAAAUUGUAGCAUUUAUUCAAAUUAAAACACAGAGCAUUUGUGUAAGAAAAUAUGUUUAUGUGGUUUGACCAUUAAAACAAAAUGUUAAUGAUACUUUGAUCUCUAUGUAGGUCAUGUACAAUGUGUAUUGGUGGUGGCGAGAUGUUAGGCGGGUGAGUGGAUCAAGCGGUACCAAUAUUUAUGAGUGGGAACACAUGCACGAAAACUGACUUGUUUUUGUCUGUUGCUUGGGUAUUCUCUUAACUCUUAAGUUGGACAGGGUAUAAUUAUGUUGUAAUAUUCAUAUUACACAUUUGUAUUAUAUUAAAAACAUUUUUUUUUUUUUACAAAUAUUGUCAUAGGAAAAUGUUGGUAGGUGAUUUGAAUAUUAUAUUAGUUAUCUAAAAUAUAAGUACUUGUUUACUUAUUUAUUUGAAAAAUACCCAAGUGAGAAAAAAACAAAACAGUCGUCUUGAGUUGUUUGAUUUUUAUAACUAGGGAACGGAUUUAUAUGUACUAAAAAUGCGCUUAAAUCUUCAAAAGAGCACUUCAUAUUCAAAAUAUCAAAAGUAGUAAGGGAUUUUAAAGUCCCCACCUUAAUGGUUCUAACCCUAUUAUAUAAAAUUUUCUUACACUGAUAGAUGAUAAACACAAAACAUUUUUGUUUUUAUAAAACACGUACGAAUAUAUUUGAAGAAAAUUAAUUUGUAAUGAUCGUUUUUUUAGUAUUAAAAAAUUAUUUUUAAUAAGUUAGAAACAAUAGACAGGGAACCUUUUUAAACCCUUCUACCUGUAUUGUUCUUUCAAAUAUUUUUAAGUGAUUUUUUUAGAGCUUUUAUGGCAUUUUUAAGUGCUUUUAUUGUAAAUUUUAAGUACAUAUAACUCCGUUCUUUAUAACUAAUGUUUAAAACAACAAUAUGUUUUGUUUUAAGAGUGAUAAGUUUUCUUAAUCAUUCAGUUGACAUAGUUCUUAACAAAUUAUCAGUGCUUUUAAGUGUCCAGUCUUAGUUAGGUUUCUCUGAAUUAAAACUACAAACUAUUUUUUAUCGAUAACAUUAAUUAAUUACAAUUUAUUAAAUCCAUUUAGGUUCAUAUAAAGGAACAAAACCAGUUAGUAGACAGACCAAUCAUUAUUCACCAGCAGUGAAUGGCUCUGGUGAAGUUUUAUCAACAACAGUGCCUUGUACACCUUUAAACCCUCCAUCCCAAUAUCAACAAAUUCCAGUGUUAAAACCUGCUGAUCCACCACCACCCCAGACUCAACUUACAUAUUUAUACAGCAACAACACUGCUGGAAUAACCCGUGCACCCAAUGCUGCAACAACAAAUACAGCAGCAGCAGCAGCUGCUGCUGCUGCUGCUGCAGCGAAAGACAGACGAAGUAAUGUAGUUAAGGAAGUAGCAAAAUUAAAAAAAAAUCGGGAAGAAAGGCGACAGCGACAAGCUGAAUUGAAAGAAGAAAAAGAAGCUUUAAUGAAUAUGGAUCCUGGUAAUCCAAAUUGGGAAUUUCUUGCUAUGAUAAGGUUUGUUGACUAGUUUAUAAUUAGUUUUAUCUAUUAUAUAUUAAAAACAAUAACAACUAACACUGAUAUUUGUUAUAUUUUAGAGAUUAUCAAUCUAAUUUAGAGUUUAAACCCUUAAGAGAUUCUGAAGUAGUUGAAGAUCAUCAAAUAACUGUAUGUGUCAGAAAAAGGCCACUCAAUAAGAAAGGUAUAUUUUAAUUUUAAAUGUAUCUCAAAUUUUGUAUCACUAUUAUAACUUGCAGAAUCAGGCAAAUCGCAUAGAACACUGAAAAAAAAAAAAAAAUUAUGUCGAUGCACUUCAUAUAAAUGUAUACUUUUAUUUAUUUCUAUUAUGUAAAUCAAUAUUGAUACUAUUAAUGAAAAUAAAACUGACUACAUUUAAUUUUAAUUUUUAUAGUAAGUUAAAACAGUAAAAAAUAAGGUAGGAACCUGUGAGUUUGACAUGCCUGUUGUACAUAAUUAAAAUAUUAAAUUUAUUUAUUAUAUAAACUAAAUUGAUGAGUUUUGAACCUAUCAGUUACAGUUUUAUUUACUGCUUAUUUUUAGUUUUAUUUUUAUUGUUUUAUAUUUCAGAACUUAAUCGAAAAGAAGUAGAUGUUAUUGCGAUUCCCUCUAAAAAUCAGGUUAUUGUGCAUGAACCUAAAAACAAAGUCGAUCUGACAAAAUAUCUAGAAAACCAGCAUUUCAGAUUUGAUUAUGCCUUUGAUGAAACUUGCAAUAACGAAACAGUUUAUAAGUGAGUCAACAAAAUAUUUUUCAUUCUUUAUUAUGAUUUGUCAAAAAGUCUUGUAUAAUAAUAAAUACCUAUUUAAUAAAAAUAUACAAUUUUGAACUAGAUUUUCUGCAAGACCUCUUGUGAAAACUGUAUUUGAUGGUGGUAUGGCUACCUGUUUUGCCUAUGGACAAACUGGAAGUGGUAAGACUCAUACCAUGGGCGGAGAUUUUCAUGGCAAAACACAAGACUGUAAAAAAGGCAUUUAUGCAAUGGCUGCUAAAGAUGUUUUCCGGUUUUUAAAUUCACCUAAUUACUCACCAUUAAAUUUGGUUGUUACGGCGAGCUUUUUCGAAAUCUACAGUGGCAAGGUAAUUAAGAAUUAUAAUUAUUUAUUUAUUUUUUUAUAAAUGUUUAUUUUUUUUAGGUAUUUGACUUGUUGGGUGAUAAAGCUAAGUUAAGAGUACUAGAAGACGGUAUGCAAAAGGUACAAGUAGUUGGUCUUACUGAAAAAGUGGUUACUACAGUAGAAGAAGUAUUGAAAUUAAUUAAUGAUGGUAACAGUGCCAGGUAAACAGAUUUUUUCAUCAAUAAUUAUUUAAUAAUAUUUACUGUUAUGACAUACAAAUUUUUGUUUUAUUAUUAUUCAUUUUUUUUUCAGAACUUCUGGCCAGACAUCAGCAAAUAGUAAUUCAUCAAGGUCGCAUGCUGUUUUCCAAAUUGUACUGCGUAUACCUGGUCUGAACCAAAUACAUGGAAAAUUUUCACUUAUAGAUUUAGCUGGAAAUGAGAGAGGUGCUGACACAGCAUCAUCUAAUCGUCAAACACGUAAUAUUUUUUAAUAAUUUGUUUAUUUCUUUGUAUAAUAACAGUAUAAAAUUAUAUUUACUGCAGGAAUGGAGGGCUCAGAAAUUAAUAAAUCUCUUCUUGCACUAAAAGAAUGCAUUCGUGCCUUAGGAAAGAAAGGUUCUCAUUUACCUUUCAGAGCAAGUAAAUUAACCCAAGUACUAAGAGAUUCUUUUGUUGGUGAAAAUAGCAAGACUUGUAUGGUGAGUAUUGUGUUGAAAAAUCUUAAAUAUUUUUUACAAUAUUCUUAUGACAUGCAAAAAUCACGCAUUUUAGAUAGCAAUGAUAAGUCCAGGAAUGAGCUCAUGCGAACACUCUCUGAACACGCUCCGUUAUGCUGACCGUGUUAAAGAAUUGGACGCAUCUGAUCCUGCAGCUGGUGGUGAUAUUGCUCCUAUGUAUUCUCCCCCAGCAAGCCGUUCUUCAAAUAUUUCACGCAAUUUACAGGAUGUCAGCAUGGUGAACGAUGAUUUAGCUGCUCUUAGAUCGCUUAAUGUAAAUAUUUGUUUUUAAUUUGUCGAUUAAGUUAAUAAAUACACUAAAACUUACGUUUCAAAAUAUAAUUAUAUAAAUAAAUAAAUUAAUGCCUGGAAUAUUGAGAUAUGUGUAUUUAAUGACCGGUUUCAAAUUUAAAAUUCAUCAUCAGGUAAAUCACAAAGUUAAAACACUAAUAAAUAUGAAAAAAUAAAUGAAGGCAUACAUAGAGAAAAAAUUGUACAAAUUCGUCAUUUUACACUGAAAUAAUUUUUUUUAAUAGGAGAGAUAAUUCAAAAAUGAGUUGAUUUCUAAAUUAAAAUCAAACAAGAUAUAACUUAAUAAACAGCUCCAAUAAAAACUAAAAAAAUAAACCUAAUCAAAUAUUAAAACAUUUUGAUUUACCUGGUAAUGAACUUUUAAUUUGAAACUGGUUGUACAAUAUACAUCUUAAUACUCCAGGUACUACAUUUGUUUAUUAAUUUAUUUUAUUAUUUUAUUAUAAAGUAUAAUUAUCUUUACAGGAAGGUGAAUUAUCUGCUGAUUUGUAUAAUUUCCAUGAGGCUGUUUCUCAACUCCAAGAACAAGAAGAUGAGAUGUUGGACAAACAUAAGUCAUUAUUAGAGUUUGGACAUAAAUGGUUACAAAAAGACAAGCAGUUGUUGGCUAUGUCUAAAAAUGUGGAUUACGAUCAAGAUGGUAACGGAGAUCAAAAAUCAUCCUGUUUAUUUGUUGUCCUGCAACUUUUAGCUUUACCUAUUGCUUAUGCUUUCUUUUUUUUUUUUAUACUCCCAUUUUUGGGAUAUGGUUACUUUCAAAUUUAAUUAUUAGAGUUAAUUUAAAAAAAAAAUCUAUAAUAUCUUUGAAUUUAUAGGUAUGAUAUUGAUUCCCUUUUAUCUAAUCGGUAUUAUUUAUUUAUAGUAAAUUAUUAGGCAUGAUUUUACAUUGCAUUUACUUUUGAACGGGUUUUAGUUUUUUGUCUGAUUAUGCUUUUUAAUAGCAUUUACCAUAUUUAUUUAUUUAUACCCUAAAAUUAUGGCAUUAUUUAACUAUUUUAUUUUUUGUGAUUAUUUUAUUUUUUUCAAUGUAAUCAUAUAUUUUAUAAAACUAAUUUGAAAACAAAAAUAUUAAGUUAAAAUAAUUAUUUAUACAUAGUUAUAACUUUAAAUUGGCCAAAACACGUUAGUGGGUUAUGUUUUUUUUGUCUUUCAAUAGGUAACUUAAAUUAUUUAUUUUGUAUGUAUGAUAUACUUAAUUAUUUUUAUAUAUAAACGCAAUAAAUUUAAAAUGUUACAUUUUUAUAUUUCAUUUUGGUUAUUUCACAAAGGGAUACUAACUAACUUUCUUUCACUAAUUAAAGACAUAUUUUUAAUUAUAAAAAUAAUUAUGGUCAUUUAACCUAAUAAUUUACCAGAUAAAUAAAAAUAAGUUCCAUUAACUAACCAGUAUAGGAUAUGUGUUGCUUAAAUAUACAUAGUGUAUGGAGUUGAGUCACUAAUAUAGCAGUUUUAAUAAUUAUGUAACUAGUUCUUUUUUAUCUUUGUGUGCAUUUACUUUUAUUUAAUGACUUGUCUAUAAAUAAUGAAAACUGUUCAGUGACAUAUUCAGUGACUUAUCCAUUCCACCAUUUCUGACAGUAUAAUAUAAAAUAUAAUGUAAUUAAAGCAUAAAUAUAAAAGUGGCGUGUUUUGACAACUACAUUUACUGUUUUCAGUUAUUAAUAAUGUACUGGCUAUCAUUCCACCCAUUUUUUAUAAUAAAAAAAAAAAAAAAAAUUCACAGUAAACUAUACAUUUUGGCAAGUAAUCGACCAAGUAGUAAACAAUGCAGCAAACUGUUUACUGAAAAUAGCAUUGCCAAAAUAAGCCUAAUAUUAAAUAUUGUUUACCAAAUUGCCAUGAAUGGGGUUUAAAUCUAGUCAACAUUUUAAUGCUGUUUGUAAUUUCUUUUUUUAUAUUACUGUUAAAUUUUAUAAAACAAAAAUAACUGCAUUUUUCUUGUAUUUAUUUAUUUAAUAUAAUUAAUUCUAUUAAAAGUAUUUUUUUUUUUUUUUUAUUAUUAUUAUUCCUUUAUACUUUAUUUUGUUAUAAAGACUUGUUAUUGUUAUUAUAAAUGUCACAGUAAAAUUUGCUCGUAAGUUUACUUUCUUGAUUGUUUGUUAACUGCUUGUUGUGAUGUGUGCGUAAUUUGAAAUAUAUAUCAACUCUUAAAGUGUUUCUAAUUUAAAAGUGUUGUAUUUUUAAACUUGUUGUUUUUCCAGCAUAUUCGUUGCAACUGCUCAAUUUGCUUCAAGAGAAAUUAACCACCACUCAAGAUUUGGUUGAAACUGUACUUGCGUUCAGAAAGCAAUUAACAACUGAGGAGCAAUUCAGUCAGAACAUAAAUAGAGGCGGUCACCGUUGAAAAAAGAAGUUCUCUCAUUUUCAACUUAUAAUCGUUAAAUCUUUGUUUUACAAAUGUCUGAUAAUAUAGAAAACACAAAAUAUUUUUAUAAUUUUAUUGUUUUAUGAAUACUGCUGAUAUUUAAUGUGAUUUUUUUCGGUGAUGCUACUAUUAACGGCCCAUAAACACUUAAAAAUGUUUAUUGGUAUUUACCUACUUAAAUAAUAUACUAUGUCGCUUAAGUUUUAACCUCUAAGAACUAAAACCUUACUAUUAUUAUGAGCGUCUUACAUUUUUCUUCUAACUUUGAAAUCCUUAGUUAUUUUUUUAAAAAUUAUUUUAUUAUUUUUUUUAACAAAAGCAUUUGAUUUUUAUUAUAAAUUCACAUAAUUUAAUAUAUAUUUAUAUAUAUCUUAGAAGUUAUUUAAUUAAUUGUCUUUUUCAUAUUAAUAACAAUUGUCGGAAAUAGUAAAUAGAAAAAAAAAUUAUUUCACAAUACCAUUACAUUAGUUAAAAUUUGUAUUUGUAAAUAAAAAAUUGUAAUUCAAUAAUAUUUAAAUUAAGAAUCUAUAUUAUUACUUUUUUAUCAUUUUAUUUGCUUAGUUAUUCAGGCUACAAUGUUGGAAUGUACUUUUAUAACAUUCAUUUUUAUGUAAGUCAUGUUUCAUUGAUUAAUAAUAAUUAUUAGAGUAUAAUU